UUUCAACGGCCGUGAUUGAGAGCGUCCUGCGACCACAAAUGCUUAUUCCCAUUGUUUAAAGGUCUGGAGGAUUGUCACACGCGCGCCUCAUGAAUCAAUGUUGGGAUACUAUUUGAAGAGGAAGAAGUUUUUCUUUGGAUGAGCGUAAAGUGGAAUACUUUCCUUCACUAAGAAAUACUAAACUUCAUGUCUCUGGAAUUCAAGGAAUCGCAAGAAUUUGACAUUAUAAGGAACUUUUUCCUCACUUAAACAUGUAUGUUAUGUAACUUUAGUAUACACGAACAUGCAACAUAUCAUAACCUGUUGCAUUUGAUAACUAGAACAUGUUUCUGUUCUUUAUUAUAAACGCUCGGAGUCCUUAACGGACCGAACUGAGUUUUAUUUCCUCUCAAAUCGAUGAAAGUUGCUUUGCUGGAUAUUACUCAACUUUUUGAACUCUGAGCCUUUUUUUUAUAAGGGCUUGGUCUACUUCAGUCAUGACUGUGCCAAGGUCCUCAGUAUUUUGCGCUCUGGUGAGACUUCUGGCGCUGUCUAUACACAUUUAUUCGGCUACAGCAAAGAGACACGUUGUAUACUGGAACUCUACAAAUACGAGGUUAACAGGAGAUGAUUACUCUGUCCAGGUCAAUCUGAGUGAUUAUCUGGAUAUACUGUGUCCCCACUACCCUGCCAGCCACCCGUCGACCGGUCCCGCUGAGACUCUUGCUCUCUACCUGGUGGCUGAGGGCCAGUUCAGAGGCUGUGUGGAGACUAAAGAGGCCAUUAAGAGAUGGGAGUGUAACCAGCCGUACGCUCCCUACGGCCCUGUCAGAUUCUCUGAGAAGAUCCAGCGCUUCACACCCUUCUCCCUGGGCUUCGAAUUCCUGCCAGGACAUCAUUACUACUAUAGCUCACUAUCGACGGAUGAUGGACCCCCCCUCCCUUGUAUGAAGCUACGAGUCACAGUGUGCUGUCCGCCCACAACAGCCGGAUCAUCACGACGAGAAGCCACAGAGACAUCAGAGACAUCAGACCACAACGCUUUUCAUCAUGUGACAGGCGGACAAAUUUCCCUACUCCUCAUUUUCCUUUCAUUAAAAUUUUUCCUUUAGGUCCUGCUCUUAAAUAACUUAAGAACAGACAAGUAAUCAGUUCCAGGAGGUAUUUUCUUUAUCUAGUUGCAUUACAUUAAAUGCUAUUCAAACCUCUUAGGGUGGUGCUCUGAAUUAACAAACACACACACACACACACACACACACACACACACACACACACACACAGACACACACACACACACACAGACUCCAACUUCUUCCUUUGUUUUAUAUUUUUAAUCUCUGUCUUUCAGUUGUCUUUUUGGCACACUCUCUAUGUCAAAUCUGCCUCAAAGAGCUUUACUUACUUUUUGUCCUUAUAAGACAAUCAUUACAUUACCCUCCUGUACACCAAACUGAGCCAAAGAGUCCUGCUGUAUGUACUACUGAGUGAAAGAUCAGGGACAAAGUAACCGCUCAUACCUGUGAUCACCAAACACAUCACCAAGAAUAUCUGGAGUUUUCCAAUUGUGGAGGGGAUCAAUGGCUGGAAAGAAAACAUACUACAAAAGUGUUGUAGUAUUUUUGGACAGUUUAUCUUUCACAUGAAGUAAAGACUGAAACCAAAGCCAGAACACACUAAAUAGUUAUCCAAUGACAAGCUGUUGUUUGUUCUGGACAAACAUUCUUUUAAAUACUAUUAUGCUGUGUUGUCCUUCAGCAGCCUGACAGAACUCAAAAAAAAUGCUUGGAAAAUCUUGGAAUUUUGUUUAUAGAAUAUUAUGGAUUUUUUUACAUUCUGGGAUUUGAUGAUAUUUGAUUCACAUGUACAUCAUGUGUUAGUGGUGAUGAUGGGAAUGGCCAAUAGUGGCUCACACAGGAAAAGAAAAACUAUGACUGGGCUCCACUUGGUAUGGACUGUUGUUGGCCUGCACAUUUUGUGACUGUCUAUGAAGUGUGAAAACAGUUGUAUAGUUGCUGAACUAGGCACUUAAACAUUUUUAGAUAACAUGACCAAUUUACCACUUUGUUUUCUUUUAAAUGUGUUUUAUUUUUAUUUCUUUUUUUAUACUCUUUCUUUAUUCUUAAAUGUGGCUAUGUGAAUUCUGUGUGAUAUGUUUAUUCAUAGGUAUUUUAUGAGAUGGCUGAUUUGUAUUAAUUCAUACAACCUCAUUUGUACAAUUUGCCUUGACCCCCUGUGACGUUGGUGUUAAGGGCGAGCUUGGGUUUCGUUAUUGUUUUUUAUGUUAUAAUAAUCGUACGUUUUUGCGCGAUUAACUUUGUAUCAAUUCAUACGAAUAAGCCACCUCGUAAAAUAUGUACAAAUUCUCAUGAGAUCAGGCUGGUUUAUUUGUUACUGAAUAAGGGAAUAUGCAAUUGUUUUAUGUUUAAUAGAAAUAAGCAUUGUGUGGUUUACCAUUAUGAAGUAGUUUAUUGAUGAGAGCAGAAAAACAUUAUGCACACUAUUGUGUAAAAUAUUGAUUACUUUUGAUUUUGUAUUUUUUAACAUUAAAUUAUUAGUAUUAGUGGGAAAUAAAUUAUUUUAUUAAUAUACAAUCCUGUUUUUCAGGAUAAUUUAAGUAAUUGAGGUGUUGAGAAAAUUAGAAAAUGUUUGUAUUUAAAACCGGUAAAUUAAAGACACAUAAUAGACAACAAAUUAUAGUUUUUUUCCCAUUAAUUUCUGAUAAUAUUGAAGUUUUUUGGCCCUUUAAAAAAAUUCUAAAACAUUUUGGUUUUGCUCUUAAUCUCAAUAUUGUUAUAAAUGGGUGCCAAAAGAAAACUGUUUACAAUGUUUUUGUUAUGGUAUCUAGGAAUGUCAUUUUCUUUGUAUUUUGAGUGUUUCACAUUUUUGUGAAGUUUCCAACAUCUUCUGUGAAGAUCUCCUGUCUUUACCAUUUUCAAAAUGAGCUAAAGAAAUAAAAAAGUUUUUUAGAUUUCAGUCUUUUUUAUCCCAGUCACAUUUGUAAAUAAUGUUAGAGUGAAUCUGGAGCCAGUCAGUCUGAGUAGCAACCAUAUGUGUAUUUCAGGCAAAACAAUUUUAGAAUGCUGUGUGACUUGCAUGUAACUGAGGAACUCAUUGUAAUUUAGGAAAUGUUAAGUGCGUCUUUAAAAAAAAAAUGAAAUUAAUGAAUGUUUUUAAUUCUUUAAUUUUAUUAACGGA